CUUCCCGUCACCUCGUUGAGAGCCGUCCCGCCGCGGGGCCACUGCUCUCGCCCUCCAUCUGAGGCUCGUGGGACCGACGGACGGACGCAGCCAGCCAGGGCCGGACUGCGGGCAGCAGCAAGCACACCGUGACUGGUACUACUGAGCCCCUUCUGGUGAUUACUCCUUAGACCUUUCCCUGGGCCACAUUCUUCAAAAGACUAGCACACAUCCAGUUUGCUCAGAUAUAAUCUCACAUUAAUGGAGUUCUUAUAGAAUGAACUACAUUUGUCUCUCCAGGACUGAACAGUUGAACAUCACAUACCAAGAGUGACAUCAGGUUAACAAAAUAACAACCUGAAGUUUGAAUCUCUUUCUGUGUUGGAAGUAAGAAGAAUGGAAAAUUGAUUAUCAAAGGUUAAAUCUGCUCUGGAAUCCACUGAAUGUCACUUGAAGGUCUGGGUAUCUGCUCCAGAGAACUCCUGUUGAAUGACAAAGACGUUAAGAACAGUCUUUGCCCAAGGCGGGUCUGGAACCGGGUUCCCAUGACCCUGACGAUUGCUUCCGGUCCGCAAUGAAAGGUUUAUCAGGCAGCCGCAGCCACCACCACGGGAUCACCUGUGAGUCUGCCUGUGACUCUCUCUCUCACCACUCGGAUCACAAGCCGUACCUGCUGAGCCCGGUGGACCACCACCCCGCGGACCAUCCUUACUACACCCAGCGGAACUCCUUCCAGGCCGAGUGCGUGGGGCCCUUCAGCGACCCGCUGGCCAGCAGCACCUUCCCACGGAGGCACUAUACCUCACAGCAGGAGCUGAAGGACGAGUGCACCCUGGUGCCCCGCACGCUGGCCACCAAGGCGAAUCGUAUCCCUGCCAACCUGCUGGACCAGUUCGAGAGGCAGCUGCCCCUCAACCGGGAUGGCUACCACACGCUUCAGUACAAGCGCACGGCGGUGGAGCAUCGCAGCGACAGCCCAGGCCGCAUCCGGCACCUGGUCCAUUCGGUCCAGAAGCUCUUCACCAAGUCUCACUCCCUGGAAGGGCCGUCCAAGGGCAGCGUCAACGGAGGCAAGGCUAGCCCUGAUGAGACGCAAACUGUGAGGUACGGCAAACGCAGCAAGAGCAAGGAGCGGCGGGCAGAGUCCAAGGCUCGAUCCAAUGCCUCCAACGCCUCCCCCACCUCUCCGGGCUGGUGGAGUUCAGACGACAACCUGGACGGCGACAUGUGCAUCUACCACGCACCCUCAGGCGUGAUGACCAUGGGCAGGUGCCCUGACCGUUCUGCCUCACAGUACUUCAUGGAAGCCUACAACACCAUCAGUGAGCAGGCGGUGAAGGCCUCCCGGAGUAACAAUGACAUCAAAUGCUCCACCUGCGCCAACUUGCCGGUGAACCUGGAUGCCCCGCUCCUGAAGAAGAGUGCCUGGUCCUCCACUCUCACAGUGAGCAGAGCCCGAGAGGUUUAUCAGAAAGCUUCAGUGAACAUGGAUCAAGCCAUGGUUAAGUCCGAGUCGUGUCAGCAAGAACGCUCCUGCCAGUAUCUACAGAGCAAGCUAAAAAGGCUACAGGGACACUUAAGCCAAGUCGUAUUUGUCAAGGUGAAAGCUGUGUGGAGCAGAAAAGCAAUUCUCCCAGCUGCCAAGAAGAUGCACAGGAGCCGAGUUCCUCAAGAUGAAUGGUCAGGGUACACACCUCGAGGUAAAGAUGAUGAGAUUCCAUGCCGAAGGAUGCGAAGUGGCAGUUACAUCAAGGCCAUGGGGGAUGAAGACAGUGGGGACUCAGACACAAGUCCCAAGCCUUCUCCCAAAGUUGCUGCACGAAGAGAAAGCUAUCUCAAGGCUACGCAGCCAUCCCUCACAGAGCUCACCACACUCAAGAUCUCCAAUGAACACUCACCCAAACUCCAGAUCCGGAGUCACAGUUACCUGAGGGCAGUAAGCGAAGUCUCCAUCAACCGAAGCCUGGACAGUCUUGACCCUGCAGGCUUGCUCACAUCACCAAAGUUCCGCUCCAGGAAUGAGAGCUACAUGAGAGCCAUGAGCACCAUAAGCCAGGUGAGCGAGAUGGAAGUGAAUGGGCAGUUCGAGUCCGUGUGCGAGUCAGUGUUCAGCGAGCUGGAGUCGCAGGCCGUGGAAGCUCUGGACCUGCCCAUGCCUGGCUGCUUCCGCAUGCGGAGCCACAGCUACGUGCGGGCCAUCGAGAAGGGGUGCUCCCAGGAUGACGAGUGCGUGUCCCUGAGGUCGUCCUCCCCUCCGCGCACCACCACCACCGUGAGGACCAUCCAGAGCAGCACCGGUGUCAUAAAACUGAGUUCUGCUGUUGAAGUGUCAUCUUGCAUUACAACAUAUAAGAAGACACCACCUCCAGUCCCACCCAGAACUACCACGAAACCUUUCAUUUCUAUCACAGCCCAGAGUAGCACAGAGUCUGCGCAGGAUGCCUACAUGGAUGGACAAGGCCAACGGGGGGACAUUAUCAGCCAGUCUGGCCUCAGCAACUCUACGGAAAGUCUAGACAGUAUGAAGGCUCUGACAGCUGCCAUCGAGGCUGCAAAUGCCCAGAUCCACGGUCCUGCAAGUCAACACAUGAGCAAUAAUGCUGCGGCUGUCACCACCACCACCACCAUAGCCACUGUCACCACCGAAGAUAGGAAGAAGGACUUCAAGAAAAAUCGAUGCCUAUCUAUCGGCAUACAGGUGGAUGAUGCUGAAGAACCUGAGAAAACAGGAGAGAACAAGGCAUCCAGUAAGUUCCAGUCUGUGGGAGUGCAAGUAGAGGAGGAGAAGUGCUUCCGCAGGUUCACUCGGUCCAACAGUGUGACAACUGCAGUACAGGCUGACCUGGACUUCCAUGACAAUCUGGAAAAUUCUCUGGAAUCUAUAGAGGACAAUUCGUGUCCUGGCCCAAUGGCCAGACAGUUCUCCCGUGAUGCCAGCACUUCCACAGUCAGCAUUCAGGGCUCAGGAAACCAUUACCACGCCUGUGCAGCCGACGAUGACUUUGACACGGAUUUUGAUCCCUCUAUCCUGCCUCCUCCGGACCCCUGGAUUGACUCUAUCACAGAAGACCCUCUGGAGGCCGUUCAAAGGUCUGUGUGCCACCGGGAUGGCCACUGGUUCCUGAAGCUCCUCCAGGCAGAGAGAGACCGCAUGGAAGGGUGGUGCCAACAGAUGGAGAGAGAAGAACGGGAAAACAACCUGCCUGAGGACAUUCUAGGGAAAAUCCGAACUGCGGUGGGCAGUGCCCAACUUCUCAUGGCCCAGAAAUUCUACCAGUUCAGAGAAUUGUGUGAAGAAAACCUGAAUCCCAAUGCUCAUCCAAGACCCACUUCCCAGGAUUUGGCGGGGUUCUGGGACAUGCUACAGUUGUCCAUAGAAAAUAUUAGUAUGAAAUUUGAUGAACUUCAUCAGUUAAAGGCCAAUAAUUGGAAACAGAUGGAUCCUCUUGACAAGAAGGAGCGAAGGGCCCCUCCUCCAGUGCCAAAGAAGCCGGCGAAGGGCCCCGCGCCGCUGAUCCGGGAGCGCUCGCUGGAGAGCUCGCAGCGCCAGGAGGCCCGCAAGCGCCUGAUGGCCGCCAAGCGCGCCGCGUCGGUCCGCCAGAACUCGGCCACCGAGAGCGCCGAGAGCAUCGAGAUCUACAUCCCCGAGGCGCAGACCCGGCUCUGAGCGCCCAGGACAGCCCGCCCCCCUGCCCGGCCGCUCCCCGCCCCCGUCUCCGCGCUCAGUGACCCGCACCAUCGUGGUGUAGUUGUCCACCUCGCAGGAGCCGUCCCCAGCCGCCCCGCUUCCUGGACCACUUUGCCCAUCCGCUCCACCGAGCUUCGCUCCCCGGUCCUGAGCCUCAUGCAGACAUCCAAAACCCUUUCUUUUCUGGGCCAAGUCAAACCCACCAGUGUAGAAACGACACCUGUAGGUCACCCACCCUCCUGAGUUCUCUCAAGCUAGUGUGUCCCUAGGGCUCAGCAAUAUAAAAACCAUAGGGAAUUUCAGAAAUCCAGUACACACAGGGUGAGCCUUUGGGAUUCAACCGUCUUCCACAAGAAAGAAACGAGGGCUCCGAUUCCCUUUAUUUCCUCCUAAAUGGUUAUUCUUUUUACAGGCAGAUAGAGCGCUUUAUUUCCAAUCUCAGAAAUCACACCAUCUUACCGGAAUCCGUGGUGACAAAGAGGAGGGGACCAAGCUGGCCUGGAGGUGGGGGCCUAGGUGUGUAGGAGGGAAGGGGGAAGCGUGCAGGUACCCGGCGCCUGCGCCUUCACAGCUGCACAAACUGCCUCACUGGUAUUUCAUCAAUCACAGCUUCAAAUGUCUCAAUCAGCAGAAGAUUGUAAAUUCGAUCUUUCAGGGAAAUUAAUCUAUUCUGAAAGGCAAUAAAAUGAAGAAAGGCAAGGUAAAGCAAACACCGAUGGUUUAAGAUCCUACAUGAGGGAUUUAUUUAUUUGUCUUAUUAUUAAGGAAAUUUAGACCUGAAACGUUUUAUCAGCUUUUCUUGUACUCUGUAUUAUAUUGCUGUGGUGGUGGUUUUUAACGGAAAGUGUUGGUUCUACUAAUUUAGGGUCCAUCCCGGUGGUGGGCCCACUUAAUCACACACAUAAGGACACGUCGCUUCUGAAACUCUUAAUGACAAGUAAGGCCGUUUUCAGGAGAGCUUGGGUCUUCUGUCCCCCUUUUGAAUGCUACGCAUCUGUCUAGCUCAACCCAGUAGAGUUCACAUUUCAGAAAUGUUUUCUCCUUCCGUCUCCCCACACUCCUCCUAUGCAGAGUUCACUUGUUCCCCAGCACAGGAUUUUGUUUUAUGUCAAAUGAAUAAAAUAAAAAGUGAUCUACCCGAGUUGACAUGCUGCCUCAUUCCAAAGAACUGCCACCAUGACCAGAGGCUCCAGGUAGACAGAGAAGACAUUUGACCUGCUGGGGUAGGGAGCCAUGAGGAGGGAGGAAAUGAUGGCAUUCGCUGAAAGAAAUCCAAGCUUUGGGUUGGAUUACAAGGUUUCUGUUGGUUUCCGGUUGAGUCUGGUUUCCGGUUGAGUCAUGGUAUGCACUGGUGAAGUCUUCAAAUGCCCUUACUUGUAGCCGUUUACACAUUUAGAAUGUGGCAAUCUGAAAGUACCACGGGUGUUUUUGUGUCAAGCUCACAUCCUAAAACGUUAGAAAUUUUCCAUUAAAAAAAAAAAGAAAAGAAAAGAUUUAAAAAAAUAUGCUCAUACCAGAGAUGCUUUAAAAAAUUAAAAAAAAAAAAAAGAGAGAACCACUUUCAUAGCUAGGUGCUAAUUUAAUUUUCUGUACGAAAUUGAGAGACGACACGUUCUGGCAACCAAUACUUUCACAGACAUAUUCUAAAAACACUAGAGAAUUCGCUACCUCUCAGAGCCAUUGAUGCUUUGAGCCACCUUUAUCAACAGGGCACAAAUGUUCACUGCUGUGGUUUACAAGAAAAGGGCUACUAACUUAUUUAAAAACCAACCACCUUUUACCCAGAGUGGACAGAGCACUUGAAAUGCUUUGUCAAAUUGGAGCAAACAGAUUUUGAGCUUCGAAUAUUUACUAGUUUUAAAAAGGAAACACUUUUUCUUUACAUUGGAGAAGCGAAAAGAUCAUAUGAAGUUUGCAGGAGUAAGGCCAACCAUCACCCUUGGGUAGCCCACGGUCACAUUCAUCCAAGAAUGGCUUGGAACUCACAAGAAGCCCACCCAUCUUUACAACUAAAGCACGGUGCCCUGAGGUAGAGUUGAGAUCAAUUUCUAACCUGAUUCCAGAUUCUCCUACAGUAUUUUCUUUGGAAACUGAUUUAGCCCAGGAUAUAUUAAAGAGAGACCAGAGAAGGCCUAUUUAUCUUGUCUAAGCGAAUGGCAUUUGUAUAUUCAUAAGCUAUUUUUGGUAAGAAUUUUAAAUCUUUUAGCUGAACACCUGCAGGGGCAUCACAACCUCUGCCUUCCUGAAAAACACAGUCUCAACUGUAUAAACACUUUAUAAGAAACUAAUUAUUGAUGUUAGGACAUGACCCCCAUACAAAGCUGCUUGUCAAUCACCGGAACCCUGAAACUGACAUCCGUGAGCAUAACCUUUGUUACAUUAUUCUUUUUGAUGUAAUUUGUAGAGAUGUUUUUAAGUUCGUAAUGAAAAAUGUAUGUACCCUGGAAAAUUACUUAUUUUGUUUAACUUUGGUAUAAAGGUGUUGGGCAUUUUCUCGGGGCGGGGGGCAAUUAAAAGAAGUUUGUCUCCCUCAUCAAAAAAAAGCUCAAAGAAAUUAAGUAUUUAUUAUAUUUUUUGCAGAUGUUUCCAUAUAAUUCACAUAACCUUUUUGUAAAGAGAGAUGAAGAAAUGGAUUAAAGAUUUUUAAUAUUUGAAAUGGUAAAUAGAACUAAUUUAUUUGUAAUAUAUUUCUGUUAUUUAUAGAUGUUUCCUUAAUGUUUUACUGUGUAUUACCAUUUUAAUUUAAGCCUUAUUCUUGUGAAUUUACCAUUUCUUUUUAAAAACAUGUCUAGAUGCAUAUUUUAAAUAACUGGAAUGUAAAUCACUAGCAUACCUGAAUUCCCUAAUGUAAUUUUUAAAAAUUAUUUUGGUUUGGAAAAAACAGAUUCAUUUGAAAGCCUUCAGAGAUGGAGGGGUAGGGAACAUUUUUAUGGCUUUCUGAAUAGGAAUUUCAUAGGCUUAUUUACCUAGAUUGUGUGUGGACAAAAAAACAAAUCUGUAAAUAGAUGAAUGUUUCCCAUAAUGUAAAAAGAAGAAAUUAAUAAAAUAAUUAAUGCACUGCUUUCAAGGUCUCUGUGCUGACUGAAGUCCCACUUCUUCCAAAAAUCUAAGCAGUUUUCUUUGGAAGUGAAUAGUUGGGCAGCUGACAAUUUCUGAUGCUGUUCUACCCACCAAUGAACAGGUUGGGAAAGAUCUUGCGUCCUGUCUAAACGACUUCAAUACUGAAAAGCUAACACCUUUUACUCAGAUAAAUGAUACAUGCAUGGAGUUUUGUUUCAGGUGCUACCCAAACUGCAUUACAGUGACAGGUACAGAUUAGAAAUGAAAUUAUGAGCCCCUCAAACAUGUAUAUUUUACCCACUUAAAUAUCUUUGCAUACACAUCACAAAUUCUAUUUCCCACACUGUAUGUAGGGUAAAAAGAGGAUAAUGCUUUGUGUCUUUAAUUUCAUCCUCACAAUUAGAAAAAAAAAAAAAAUGGAUUCAUUGGGAUUUGGAGUGUAUCUCAGGGCAGAGCAUGUGCUUAGUAUGUGUGAGGCCCUGGAUUCAAUCCCCAGUACUGCAGACAAAAGAAAAAGAGGCAC